AUGUGCUUCACACAGAAGACUAUCCAUACAGUAUGUGCCCAUUCCGCAGUAGAGCUGAUCGAGUGCAGAAAGUUUAUCGGGAACAAGGACAAGACUUACCGCAAUGCUUGCACCGUACCUCUCUGCCAGCACACCCAGGCCCUGGCCACCGUCAUCGGCUUCUGCCAAAACUGUGAGGCGUUCUAUAGAGACAGUGACGUUUCCUCCGUCAACGCUUCAGAACUCCUCGAAAACUACUGGAAGUUCAAGGCCGUAAAGAAAUGGCAUUGCCCCGUCGAUCCCCUCAUGAUCCCUGCCUCGGCGCUUACAGAAACGAGCAUGGAGCUACCAUCAUCAUGGUACACCUUUGCGCGAAAUGAAAGGGAACUCGGCAAAGACAUGGUGAUGGCUGCUUCCGUGCAGUCACUCGUCCAUGCUCUUGGCGAGCCCAUCACACACCCCUCUUGCGAUCUGUGUCGAAGAAAACAUCGUACAGAUACCUGUCGGAUGGCGGUCGGUGGACAGAGGGCGACUGUUAGUUGGGCCUCACGUCUCGCUAAUUCCGGAGACAUCUUCAAGACGUAUGAAUUCUCUCAUCAGUUGAGCCAUACCAGCAAUGCGGAAGACGUGAACCGAGGUGAUUAUGGAAACGAGUCGGCCUUGUCUUCCGGAACGGCUCAGACACCACGGCCAGUCGCUUUUAUCUCACCAGCGCUCCCUGCUCAGAGCUCCCCAUCGCGUCGCCUGAACAUCCACGAGCGCCGCGAGAUUGAAUUCCAGGAACGGCAAAAACUGUUUGCUGAGCUCGCAGCGAACCACCAGAAGGAUAUCCAAAGGCUCAGGGAACAAGCAGAGCUUGAGAUAAGAGCAGAAGAGGAGUUCAGAAAAGAAAUCGCAGCCUCUAGUGAUACUACUGGUGUCACCGCUUCUUCUAGCUCGGUUAUCUCGGAUCAUCUACCUCGUUCACCGUCUUCUUCGGCAGACAUCGCGAGUGCCUUUCCCAGCUUUAGUGGUGUUCAUUGCCCGUUGAUUGACACUGAUGAACACGGCGAGGAUGACGCUUCGCUACACCCUCUUGACUAUGACGAAUCUGCUUAUGAAGCUCUGACAGGCGGUACCAAUGAAAUUCGAGAUGUACUGGAAUUACGCCAGGCCACGAUAGUGAAGCCGGAGUAUGGCACCAACCUGCACUCAUACCACGGCGAGAUAGACGACAUUGAAGAAGAGGACUCGAACGAUCCGGCAAACUGUUUUUCAGCCAGCGACGAAAAUCGGUCCUCUGAGAAUGAGGCCCCGGGAACGGAGAAUGGCAAGGGUAAGAACAUCGCCGGCCCCAGUCAUCCGGAAUCGUUGAACUCAGCCCCACUCUCGGGGCCGGAGAUCCGCCAGAGAGCGCCGCCGCGCCGGCCACGUGGACCCAUGUAUUGCGCAGAGCAUGCUGGUGAAAGGGACCCCGAGUGUCACGGAUGCCAGGCCGGUUGUUGGGUUGAGAUUGGCUUGCCGCCGGGUGAGCAUGUCGAGGAGACAGAGCCAGGGCUUAUUUAG